AUCUCCUCCUCCUCCACACAGAGAUCUUCACACCACAAACUCACAGAGACUCGUCCUUAUUCUCUCUCAUAAUCAUCAGACAUGAACCGAGGUGAAGAGCUGUGUUACAAAGCCCAUGAAAUGGAGGUGGAUGAAGACUUUUACCCGUUUGAUUUGAGUAAUGACGAAGAUCUGCUCGCGGCUUUACGGCAGAAAGAGGAUGAAGUUCUGCUCGCGGCACAGCUCGGGAACGCGCUGCUCUUAGAAAACAGACAACUGAAAGAAGAGAGACAAACAAUUCAUGACGAAUACACACAACAGAUCGAGGAGUUGCAGCAGGGCAGGUACGAGCUGCAGGUGAAACUGGACAGCUGCCAGGCGCACUGGGAGGGUCGAGUGACCGACCUGGAGCAGGAUGUCCAUGAGCUGCAGGUACAGGUGGAGGGACUGACCCAGAACCUGUGUGAGGCAGAGAAAGAAAAAACAAGACUCAACCAUGAGCACAGUGAACAAAGCCAAAGAAUCAGGGAUCAGCUGCAGAGGGCGAUGGAAGUGGAGCAAACUAUGACCAGCAAACUACAGAUAUUAAAAGAUGAAAUGAGAGAGAGAGGACAUUCAAGACCUCAGGAUGAAGAAAUCAUCAGUGCUCUUAGAGAACAGGUAGCACGGCUUGUACAGCGUGAGCAAACACUAGAACAGCGCUUGAAGACAGCAUGUCAAGAGAAUGAGGAACUACGAGAGAGCGCAUCUUCACUAAACACACGCCUGGAUUUACAGGAACAACAGUGUCAUACACACACUCAACAGUUGGCAGAGGCGUGGAGUGAGGUGGAGGUGGUUCGUGCUCGGGUGCAGAGGUUACAGUCUCAGGUAGAUGAGCUCCAAGAGGAUAAUCUGGCCCUUCAGGAGAAAAGUCACAAUGAGACGUCAUUGUUGUCUGAGCUGGAAAACAGUAUGGACCCCUUGGACUGGAGUCAGGACAAAGAACAGGUGUCCCAGGACGUGAGCUACAUCCUGAAAUUACUGCAUCCUAUGGUCCACAGAUCAGCGGCUGAACAGAGCUCAGAUGACAGCCUGCAGGGCAUGCUAGGAAAACUGAAAGAUGUAGCACAAAGAAUAGCGCACAGUGACACACUACAGAAUGAGUGCCUAAUAGCAGAGAAUGCAGAGUUAAAGCUACAUGCUGAGAAGAUAAUGAAUGAAGUGGUUCAACAGGCUAUAAAGGACCGGGAUGAUGCCAUUGCAAAGAAGACAGCUAUGGAAGCAGAACUCCUAAGGACUAAACAUGACAUGAUGUGCCUAAACAACCAGCUCCUGGAAGCCAUUCAGCGGAAACUAGAACUGUCUCAGGAACUGGAGGCCUGGCAGGAUGAUAUCCAGAUUAUCAUCGGUCAACAACUGAAGAGUCAACAGCAGACAGAUCAACAACCACAGAAAAGGUCAACGGGUCGCCUGUCCUUCCUUCAUAAAUCCAGACGUGCCUCCUCAUCCCCUUCGACUGCAUCAGAGACGACGGCUCCAGGUUCACCUUGGAGGGACUGGCUCAAACUGAGCAAAUAAACCCAAUACUGAUAAACAGAAUGCACCAGCUGCUACUCCAAUAUUACAUGCAGCCGUCUACGUCCACAACACUGCGUUAGAGACUGGAUUAUAAUCUACAGAGAAAUGACAAGUCAGAACAACAUUUGGGACUACUGACAGACCAGAAUUUAAAUUAUGUGUGAGACAACAGACCUGCUAAUUCAUGAACAAUAAAUGGGUGAAUCUCACGGAAAAAUAAACAGGUCACCUUUGACUCCCAAAAUAAAAUAUGACGAGAAAAUAUAAGACAUUUUGUGUAAAGCAAAUUAAGCUCUUUUGUACUAUUCAUGCAUUUGUGUAUUUCUUGUAAAGAUUUUCUUUUUUGAACUUACUUGCAAAACUGUUUAUUGUAUUGUAAAUGGGUUUAUUGAAAUUGUGAACUGGGGUCACUGGGGGACAUCAUGCUGGUCAUGACCGUGUUGAUUGUGAAGACAAUGUGUAUAUAUA